UUGCAACUUAGACCUAAUCUUCUUGCGGCGCAAGCCAAGCCUCGCCUCUCCUUCAGGAGGACUGGAGGAGAGGGGGAAGCCGAGGAGAGGACGGACACGGGCACCGCAAGCGAAGAGGGGAAGGCAGGGCAGGCUGCCAGGCAGCGCAUCGCCGCCGACUCGCCGAGCACGACACCCGCCUGGAUCCUCCCGCCCCGUGCGCCCCACCGGCCGCCACUCGCCUCUCGGUUCGCUCCCUUCCUUCCUGGAGCAUGGAGGAUUCCAACUUGAGAGGUUUGGUGGGUGAGGAAAUUGUCAUGGAGACAGGCAAGGCUGCAGGCAUUGGUUUAGCUGCUGGCAGUGUGUGGGGUGCACUAUUUUCUAUGCUGCACGAUGGGCCUCAGGUUGGCAGUAACAUCAAGUAUCCUCAGCUGAUCAGAACUGGCAAGGUGUGUGGGCAUUAUGCAGCUAACUUUGCAGUUAUUGGAGCUACAUAUGUUGGUGUCGAGCAGGCUCUUGAAAAGUACAGGAUGAAGAAGGACAUUUUCAAUGGUGUUGCUGCUGGUUUUGCUACUGGUGCUGCUAUGGGUUUCAGAGUUGGGAGCUCCCGGACAGCUGUCUUGUCAGGGUCUGCGCUCGCUUUGACUUCUGUACUGCUGGAUGUCACUGGAAUGAGAACUACUAAUGAAGAGAAAAAAGGCCACCACUAGCCAUCCUGAAUGGGAAGAGCAGCAUCUGUUUCAGAGUUCCUUUACUGCUACAGACAUGCUAGUAGACUAGUUUUUUGGUCAAUACCGAAGAGUUCCGUUUCCAUAUAAGCACGCAAUGUAGUCUGUUCAUAUUAAAGGUAGCAGAUAGACUUAGCAAUGGUCCUGAUCUAAAAUGUUUGGAAGUAAUUUUCACCAUUACUGCUGGUUGGUGCUCUGAAGUUCGAAUUGUAAAUCCAAGGCACUGGUUUGUCUGUCCAGGUAGCGUCGGGGUUGCCGAUUUCGAACUCUGCACUGCGAAUUGCCCUAUUUCACAAUUUAUGCAAGUGGUGGAUGGUUUCUUUCA